AUUGGAUCAGAUACAGUAAAUGCUGCAAGAAAAUAUGCAAGAUUAUAUGGUCCUGAAUUACCUCCUCUUGAGAAAUCAAAGUGUACUCGCCAAAAGAUGUCUAAAAUCAAAGAAUCACAAUUCAUUGACUUUUUUCUAGACAAAAAUAAUGUAACUAUAAGUUCUUACAAAGUAGACUCAAAAUCAAAUUUGCCUGUGUUAUAUAUGAAAGACCAAAAAAAAGCUUUUAUACAUAUUUAUUAUCAUGAAGAUCUGAGUGGCUUGUGUCAAACAUGCAAUGAUUAUGACUAUGAAGCAUUCUCAGAUUUAAAAGGACUGGCACGCAGAAUUUUUACUAACAAGAAAAUUGGGGGUAAUGAUAUCAUAAAAGCUGGUCAAAACCUUGCCGGUAUCUCUUUCGCAAAUAUAGAACCUGAUCAUGGCCAAAUAGGAGAGGAAAAUGCGGAAAAAAAAGUAUUGGUAAAAACUAUACCAGAAAUUUCCAAGUAUUAUUAUUGGGAAUGGCCUACUGAGGGACCAUUGGUGAGUUAUAUUUGCACACAGCUGCUUUCGUAUAUUGGCAGUUGGGAGAAUUAUUUACCAGCAGCUGUGACAAAUUUAUGUAAUACAGAGAUUAUUAGACUGAAAUCUUCUUUUUCAGAGCAUACUGAAAAUCUCAUUGAUUGA